UGAAAUCAAAAUCCCACCGUUUCUCUCUCCCUAUCUCUCUGCCCUCAAUUCCAUUAAUUUUCAGUAUUAUUACAUAUUCAUGGAAGAUCAUAGCACAAACCCAUCAAUCAUGGAGCCAAGGCCCCAACACCCACUUCACCAAAUCGCAGAAACACCCACUCACAAGCUCCUUCUCAAGCAAUGGCUCAAAGAGGAAGAGCUAAUCCUCAAUAGAAUCUCUCUCAAGGAAACCCAAAUUGACUCGGUCCGCAAUGAAGUCACGCAACUUUACAUCUUUUUCUUCUUAUUCCACUCCCUCACUCUGCUCCUCCUCUUCAGUUCCUCCUCCAGGGACCCGAUUUCUUGCAGCAGAUCAUGGAUUCCAUCAUUGAUUCUGGUGCUCUGUUCUUUGGGAAUGAUAUGGGCUGUUCGGUACAAGUCAGAGACCGAAUCGCACUUGGAGAAGUUGUUGGAGAGGGAGAAGGAGGACGCGAAGCUGUUGGGGAAGUGUGUGGAGGAGUUGAAGAAGAAAGGAUUAGAAUUUGAUUUGCUGAAGGAGGUCGAUGCGCUUCGGAGGGCGAAGAGUCUGAGAGUAGAAGCGAAGGUUGUGGAGAAAUGGUCUAGUAGAGACUUUGUGACUCUCUUCUUCUUCUCUGUUUCAUGUCUUGUUCUUGGAUUGAUGAGGGUUGUUUUGUGUAAUUAGGACCUUUUUGGAAGGGUAAUUUGGGGAUUUGAAAUAGGUUCAAUUACUACAUUUGAUGUUCAUUUGCAGAAUAUUUUGUUCUGCUUGUAAAAUAAUUACCAGACUUUGUGAUUGUUCUUCUUCUCUGUU